AUGGCGACAGCAGAUAAUUCUGGCUAUGUCACCUUGGAAAUGCUGCAGGCUAUGUCCAAGCAAUCCAUAUUUCGGAGGACCACAAUAGCCCGUCCACGUUCAUUCGCCUCGAAUCACUCGGAUGCCACAGAGAUUCUCGACACUGAUUUUGAGUCCGACUGUGAUAGAUCAUACGACGAUGACUCUUCAAGGAGGAGUGCUGGUUCUUUGGUGGCAGAUAGUGUGACAACCGCCGACACACCGAGAGAUGUGCCCACUCCAGAUUCCGGAGCGCUGUCCGCGUUCGAUUUCCAUUUUGAUGAGAAACCAAUCAUGGGCCCCAAUGGACCACACCUUUUUCGAACAUCCAUGAGCUCGGAUGAGAUGAAUACUAGCUAUGAGGUCGACUUUAUGCUGGCCAAAACCCCUACCGUGGCUAUAUUCAGUCCAUCAGUGACCGAGGAGAGGAGAGACACACCUUUGCCUGGACACGAGAAUUAUUUUGAACCCACAGCACAAGCACAAGAACUCAAGUCCAUCAAUGCUGCAGUAUCUGCGUUGGACGAGAGUGAAGUCCGAUCUUGGUCUCCCCCAGAUGUCGUGCGAUGGAUGCAAGAAUCCGGAUUCGAUGACUCGGUCAUUGAAAAGUUUUUCAUUAACGACAUCUCAGGAGCCAUUCUCCUAGACCUCAGAUCUGAAGACUUGAAAGAGCUUGAUAUUCAAUCAUUCGGUAAACGUCGCCAUGUGAUGAACUCUAUCCAGCACCUGCGUGAUAGCUUCAUGCUUCCUAAUAACGAGACACAACCUCAUACAAUCACUACCUCUAGCUCCCCAGAGUGUACCUCCUCAAGCGACUCAGCUUCUACACCCACCAAAGACAGCACUAAGAAGAAACAUAGACGGCGACGUAAUCACCGGUCUCAUAAGAAAUAUACGGUCGCAAAUGACCUCAAUCCAGAUGACUCGGCAUCGUUAGUGGCUAUUGAACAAUUUCUACCCAAACCCCAUCGCUGCUCCAAGGGUGAGGAUUGCCGUAAAUGGCAAAAACAACAACGAAAGAUUGCACGACUGGCUAAAGACUUGCCAAUUGACAUUGAUGCCGCCAGGCUAAUGUCGGAGGACUAUGAAGAUCAACCCCCACCAACAUCGAAGAGCCUACCCAACAUGGACCCAAUGCCCACACCUUCCAUUGUUGCAUCUUCGGAUGUUCUUGGGCCAGAGCAAACACCUGUCUUCCAGAUCUCCGAAGAAACUCUGAAUGAAAUCGGCCCGCGUGACCCCCAAGAGAAUGUCCGGCAAUACCUGAACUUCCAACACCUCAGCAAACUACAGCCAGUCACCCAAAUAGUUUCGAAAUCUGACCUCUGUUCAUCACCAGACGUUGAUUCUCCGGAUUCCACAAAGACAACCACAUCCCUAGCAGACAAUCUCCGCAGUUUGCCCAAACUGACAAUCCCGGUCAACCAUCAUAUUGUGGUUCCUGGCACAUUCUCUGCUAGUCUCUCUGCUCAACGAACAGUUACCCCAUCCAUUUUGCGCAGACAACCGAACUUCGUGACCAACAGUAUUGAUAGUACCCUGCAUAGCGCACGUCCACAACCAACGACAUAUGGAUCAAGUGUUUCUCCCGCAGAUUAUGUUGGUUCUCCAUCAGACUUCUACCGCUCUCAUGAUUUCUAUCAACAGGCUUCUCCGCUAUCUGAAGUCGAUGUACCAGUGACUGCUAUCCUGUCGGCUGGCCCUAUCCAGCGACAUGUAUCCCAGUCUGUACCUCCAAAUAUGAGAUUUGGACAUCAUCUCCGGGUUAUACCCGAUCCCUUUGUCCGGCCCAGAUCUACGAAACCUGAAACUCACCGUGCCGGCCCCAGCAUUCAGAUUUUGGACUCUGUCGAUGAGGUGAAACCAACUCACGAUACUAUCGACGUUCCAGUGACAGCCAUUCCACUCGGCCCGAUUGAGCGGACGGAAAGCCAAUCUGUCCCACCUGACAUGCGUUUUGGGCAUGACUUCUAUGUUACUGUCGAUCCCAUUCGCCGCCCUAUGUCAACCAAAGCCAGCAAUUAUAGAUACCCCUCCAUGCUCAAUUCCGCGUUGGACCGAGUUGAUGAACUUGGCCCAAUUGAUACGGAAGAGGACUUUGCUACCACCCCAAGGACGAACCCUAGGUCUGCAAAUGAUGUCACUCACAGUGGCUGGAUGAGGAAACGCAAAACAACAAGAAUGCUGAGGCAUGAAUGGGAAGACCAUCAUUUCACAUUGAAGGGUACCCGACUCGCCAUGUACGAAGACGAACGAGCCUCUCGUCGUGACUCCAAAGCGAUUGAGUAUAUUGACGUAGACGACUACGCCGUCGCCUGUUCUUCAAUUCCCUCUAGCUCAAAACUUACUGCUGCUUUCAAAAAGACCGUCUUGAAACGAAAGAGCUCCGCCCAAGAUGAGGCUGCUUUCGCAUUCUCACUCAUCCCUGCCCCGAAUGGCAAAACUACUGGAGCCGAGCGACGAAACUUCUUCGUUAGCAACGGAAAGUCUCACCAUUUCGCAGUCAAGACUCGCGACGAACGCAUCGACUGGAUGCGCGAGUUGAUGUUGGCCAAAGCUUUGAAGAAGGGCAAGGACAGUGGCGACUCUGUCCAUGUCAAUGGCCACGUCUUUUAA